AUGACUGUCGCACUCGUCCUGAAAGUAACUGUUUUCCUGGUGUUGCUGCUGAGGGACAAUGUGUGGAGAGAGACCGAGAGAGAGACUGAUGACAACAAUGAGGGUGAAGGUCACACUGGUGCCAGUACAGCUGUGAGAAGAAGAAGUGGGAGACAUUGUCAUCACGGGUGAGUACGAUGCAACCCAAAACACAAUCCACACCACUCCAGACAGAGCUAGAACCCAUGCCAACAUUCACAGAUUAUUACAGAUUUACAAUUAGGUUAAGGAAAAUCGAUAAUAAAAUUAAAAAUAUAUUUUUUUUAUAUAGAUAAUCAGAAACAAGAGAGCCCUACACAUUGAGUAGAUCUGAUAUAUCGAAGGAAAGGUUACAGAUGAAUUUAUCACAUAGGGAGUAAAAUGAAUGUUCAAAAGUCGUGUGUGGUAAUAAAAUAACAACUGGAGGCGGUAAAUGGAGAAGAGAUUUUUGCCAGAUUUUUACAAAUAAGAGAAGAACUGUUUUUUUAAACCUAAAGUGAAGCAAUUAUGUGACAGAAAUUAUUGUUUGAUUUGAUUUGUUAAUUAUUCAGCGAAGAUGUUUAGAUUAAAGGAUAUUUACAUGUAACAAGUCCAGUAACAUGUCAAUACAGACAAGCAUUAAAUUGGGUAUUUGAAGAGAAAAGAUGUGUCUUAAAAGUUUUGAAAGUACUGUUGCAGAUACAUUUCUAACAAAACAAGCUCCUGGGGGAGGUUUUUCUAAAGCUAUGGAGGGUAUAGAAAAGCUAAAAGUGGCAUUUAGAAUUUAGUGAACAUGUUUUAUUUUAAUCACAUAAGGAUGAUUAGUGUUUGAUAUGAUGAUCAGGUUUUUAUGAAAGUAAGAACUUUCAAACGGGGGACUGUGUAGGGGAAUCUCUUCAUACAUUUAGGUUAAGAAAUGUAGAGUAAUUAUCUUUUAGUAAGAAGCUACAAAUAAUCUAGGUCGGCCUGCUCCUGCAGCCUCACGACCCUGAGAUUGUAAGCAAGGCUGUCUUGCAGGAGCCCGAACUAUCUGUCUGUUGGAACAUUUAAUCUCUGCCAGGGUCAAGAUGAGCCUAAACAAAGUGUCGUGGGGCAGACAUGUCAUCAUGGGCAGCCCUCUGCACACACACACACACACACACACACACACACACACACACACACACACACACACACACACACACACACACACCUAACAGCAUAAAAGAGAGUAGAAGAAAAGCUAGGGAGGCUUCCCUCGGUCUUGGUCGAGACUCUGUUUGUCAUCUGUACUGAUUUCUACAUCUGUACAAUUAAAGACGUCCAGGCUGUUCUCCAGAUCUCAUCCUGUCUCCUGUGCAUUGUUUUACUGAGUUUAUGCUGGAUUUUCCACAACACUCUUCCCCUUCAGGAGGACUUUAAGUUCCGGGGUUCCAAG